UUAUAGUCGCUAGCCAAAAAUUAUACAUGUUUAGGCGCCAAGUGGUCCGGCAUGGGCUUUCUUACUAAACCUCGUUUUCCCUCAUUUUACAGUUUUCAUUUUACUCUUCUCUCUCCUUCUCUCUUUCAUAUGCCUUCAAAUUUUCAAAUCUCAAAACCCCAGAAAGCGAUUUUUUCCGUUGUUCGAGUCCCUAGAGAAAUCGCCAUUAACGAUUGAAGCCCGCAGAACCGAGAAAGGAAGUUCGUACUACCAGGGGAAAGGUUGAAGAAUGUCGAAAUUCGAGUACCCGAGGCUGUCUCGCACCGAGAUUGUGAAUGUACUUGCCGAUUAUGAGAUCGUCUCCAUUUCCGAGCGCGACCUCCUCAAACCCACCCACGAGUUCGUCUCGGAGCUCUACACCCGGAUCUUGAUCUACCUCGACUUCCUUCACGAGGAGGAUCAUGGGCAGGUCGAGUUUGAUGCUCUGGCGCAGUUUGAAAACCCGGAACUUCACAUGGACUCGGUCAGGAUUUUGAAGUUGUAUAACAGGAUAAAGGAAGUGGUGGCUUCAUUGGAAUGCCCCAAGAGAUUUACCCUCAAAGAUGUGAUAAAACCAGAUAUUGAUCGUACUGAAUUCUUUCUUAGUGCACUUCUCAACUUUUGUCUUCACAAAUCUACAAAAAUGGAACUCCUAUCCCCAAUGGUCAAUGAAUUGACUCUUAUUGAGGAGCAACGUAAAAAGUGGGAGUUCAAGAUUUCUGAGUUGAAUGCAGUGAUUGCAAACCAUAUUGAAGCGAGAGAAUGGGAGUUACCUCUUGUUCAAGAGGUAGAUGUGAAGGUUAAAGAAUUGCAUCAAACCAUUGCAAACCUCAACAAUCACCAGGCAUCAUUGAGAAACACUUUACGGAAGUUGAAGGAAAAAAAUGGAGAAAUGGAUGAGAAGAUAUCUAAUGCUGAAUUUGCUCUGGUACAAAGUGUCCAAGAAAAUGCGAACUUACGUUCAAAAAUUGUUCAAUCACCAGAGAAACUACAGAGAGCUUUAGAGGACAAGAGAUCUGUUCGAGAGGAGGCAACGAAUGCCGAAAGAUUGGCAAUGCAAACUUUUCAAGAGAAGACUGCCAUUUCUGAAGUUUAUACAAAGGUUUCCAAGAAAAUGACGAAGCACCUUGCUCAGAUGCAGGCUAUACAAGAACAGGUAAACUCUGCUAAAUCUGUUGAUAAAGAUUACAAGGCUCUAAAAACUAAAGUAAGUGAUUUGGUAGUAUUGGACAAGUCACUCGACGCCAAGUUGUUGGAAUGGCAAAGAAGAGAGGAGCAGUUGGAGGAGACCGUAAAGCAGUCAGAAAAAGAAAGAGAUGUCAGGUGUGAGAAGGCCCUUAAAGAAUAUAAUCGAGUGGAAAUGGAGAUGGAGUUGAGGAGGCGUGAUCUGGAAGCAAGGCAGAAGAAUGUUGAAGCUGUAGUAGCAGAGGUGGAGGCUAUAAAUGUGAAAACAAAAUCGGUAAAUGAAGCUGGAGCAGCUAAACAGCAAGAGUUACUUACGAAAGGCGAGGAGAUUGUCAAAGAGUUUCACGAAUACAAGAAUUCAAUUCGCAACGCGGUUCCUACGACAGAUUUCGAGCUGAAGGUUCAUUAGUGGAGUAAUUACGACUGGCCUUCAACUGGUACCAAAGUCUCUUAUGGCUGUAUAGACACAUUUUGCCGUUUUGGUUCUUGGUUUCAGCCUUCCAGGGUGGCGGUGGUGGAAAGUUCCUAGUUUAGUCUUUGCAUUUUGAGUUAAGUGCUUAAAUUUUACAAUCUUAUUAACUUGCACAAAUAUCCCCUUUGGGCACUGUCGUUGGAACAUUAAUGUAUGGUUGUAAUAUAUCAUAGAUACGAUGAAAGGAAAAUAAGACGUAUUUCUUG